CAAAUUGUGCAUGCCCUGUGUUGUGUUGCUUUGAAAUUUCUUUAACCUAAAACAUGGGAAAUACCGUUCUACGAUUUUAGUUCUACAAAUAUAAUGUUCAUUUAUUACUGCAAUGUAAUAUGAACAAUACCUUUUGUAAGACAUUUAUUAGGUGGCCUGUUUAACAUAAUGGGUCGUAAGGCAGAAGUUGAGGAUGAUCUGCCAGGUUUUGAAGCACCAGCUCAAGGAGAAACAGCGGAAAACGAUGUUUCCAUUCAGAAGAAACAAAAAAAAGGUUCUGGAGGAUUCCAAACAAUGGGCUUUAGUUUUCACGUCCUUAAAGGAAUAACCAAAAGAGGUUAUAAAAUACCAACACCAAUCCAGCGUAAGACAAUACCACUUGCGUUAGACAACAAAGAUGUAGUUGCUAUGGCUCGCACUGGAUCUGGUAAAACAGCUUGCUUUGUCUUGCCCAUUGUGGAGAAACUUAUGUCACCUGUCAAUAAACCACUUCAAGGGAAGAAUUUGCGAGCUCUUAUAUUGUCACCAACGAGAGAGUUAGCUUUGCAGACAUUAAGGUUUGUGCGUGAAUUAGGAAAGUUCACAGGGCUCAGUUCUGCUGCAAUCCUUGGCGGUGAAUCCAUUGAGCAACAAUUUGGUGUCAUGAGUGGUACUACCCCUGACAUUGUGGUGGCAACACCUGGACGUUUUCUGCAUAUUUGUAUUGAGAUGAGCCUCAAGCUGGAUAACAUAAAAGUUGUGGUGUUUGAUGAGGCAGAUAGAUUAUUUGAACUUGGAUUUGGAGAACAACUCAGAGAAAUUGUUGCACGUUUACCAUCGAACCGUCAAACCCUGUUAUUUUCUGCAACACUUCCAAAAAUGUUGGUUGAGUUUGCUCGUGCAGGUCUCAGUGACCCCGUUUUGAUAAGAUUAGAUGUCGACUGGAAGUUACCGUCCACUUUAUGGCUUGGUUGGAUAUAUGUGCGAGCAGAGUUAAAGACGGCGGCCCUACUUCUACUAUUAGAUAGAGUUUUAACACCAAAUACUCAAGCAUUAGUUUUUGCCGCAACUAAACAUCAUGUGGAAUACCUUCACUUGAUAUUGCAACAAGCUGGUAUAAGUUCAACAUAUGCAUACUCUGGUCUAGACCCGGCAGCUCGUAAGAUAGCCCUUGGCAAAUUCACGAAUAAAAGAUGUUCAGUUCUUCUGGUCACUGAUGUUGCAGCCAGAGGCUUGGACUUGCCGUCAUUGGAUACCGUAAUCAAUUAUAAUUUUCCAGCUAAACCAAAACUGUUUGUGCACAGAGUAGGACGAAGUGCCCGUGCAGGAAGGUCGGGGCGAGCGUUCUCUCUAGUGGCGGCGGAAGACGUUGCGCACUUGCUUGACUUGCAACUCUUCCUCGGCGCGCAGCUUAAAGUGCCUUCCGAGGUCAGUGAAUGUGGCGACGCGUGUCCGUCCGGCGUGUGGGGGGCGAUGCCGACCACCGCUCUCGAGUUGAGGCACCAAGACGUUAUGGCGUGGGAAAAGAACCAUUCCGAAAUUGAAGACGCGGUGCGAGUGAGCGGGCGCGGCUGGCAGCAGUACGUGCGAUGGCGCGAGGCCGCAUCGGCGGAGGCCAACCGCAAGGCCAAGCUCACGACGCCGCCCACCGCGCCACAUCCCUUCCUCGUCGGCAAGGGACACAUGCAAGCGGCCGAGCUCGUAGAUCAGAUCAAGAGCUUCCGACCUAAGGGAACGAUCCUAGAGUUGGCCAAUAAAAACGACUCCCCGAUGUAUCUGGCGAUGAAAGCGAAGCGACGCGUGCAUGGGAAGAUGGUGCAGAAAACCAGAGAUAGCAAAAUGCAACAGGCAGAAGGAAUGUUAGAAGAUAACACUAAAACGAACUCGAAUGAAGAAUCUGCGAACGUGAAAGGUUCAAAGAGGAAAAAGCUGGCGAAGCGCGAUGAGAACUAUAUACCUCAUUUCGCUAGUGAUCAGCACACUGAAUCUGGAAUGGCGGUGAACUUCGCGGCGAGCGCGUCUUCCGCAGAGCUAGAACUGCGCAGCGACUGCGACGCUGGGCAACGCACGCACCGCACACAGAUGCGCUGGGAUCGCAAGCGCAAGAAGAUGGUGCACGUUGACCCCGACGGCGGUCGUAAGAUGAUUCGCACGGAGAGCGGCGGACGCGUGUCGGCGUCGUUCCGCAGCGGCCGCUACGCCGAGUGGCGCAAGCGAAACGCGGUGCAGGAAGACGACGAACCCGCUGAUGGGCCUCCAGCUGCCAGCGAACGCAACGUAUCGGAGUUCCGUCCUCGGUGGAUGAAACACAAUGAGCGCCUCUCCAAAAAGAAAGCCGAGGCUUCGUCCAAUGAAUUCCGCAAUAAACAACAGAUAGUGAAGGAGCGCCUGCGCAAAGAUAAAAUUAAACAGAAGUUGAAACACAAGAUGAGUAAAAAGAAAAAGAAGAAAUAAGUGUCAUAUAAUAUUAACAUAUUGGUAACAGAAUUAUAAGAUUUACCUUUGAUGUGUUACGUGUAAUUA